UCUAGUCAGAGGAACUUCCCUUCCAGGAAUCCGGAAGUGGAGCUGCAGAGCGACUGGCAGCGAUUUUGUGACUGACUGCUCUGUGAGGAGGAGUGAAAAAGUCCAGACCAAGAGAGAAGAUUUCAACAACUGUGCAGGCGCAGAGGCUCAGGUGAGGCUUCUGUCCUUCACUCUGGAAAAUCCUGUCUACUUCAUCUCUGCCUCUAACCUGAUAUUGGAGCUUUUCAGGAAGGGCCAUGGCCUUAGCCACAGCUACCAAGAAGAUGAGGGAGGAAGCCACGUGCUCCAUCUGCUUGGAGCUGAUGACAGAGCCUGUGAGUAUCCACUGUGGGCACAGCUUCUGCCGCCGGUGCAUAGAGGGCAUCCUUGAGAACCCACGAGGGACGUCAUCCCUGAGGGAGCCCCAAUGUCCCCUGUGCCGGGCACCAUUUCAAAGGGAGAGUCUCCGAUCCAUAAAGCAACUGGAAAACCUCAUUCAGACUGUCAGGGAGAUAGACAGUGAGAGGCUGUGUGAGGAACACGGGGAGCGGCUCCACCUGUUCUGUAAGGACGACGGGCAGCUCAUCUGCUGGCGCUGUGAGUGCUCCCCCCAGCACAGAGGACACAGCACGGCUUUAGUGGAGGACGUGUAUGCAGGCUACAAGGAAAAGCUCCAGGAGAUUGUGAGAAAAGUGAAGGUAGUGCUAGACCAAUGUAAGAAUGUGGAGUUGUUGAGGAAAGAUGAAAUAAGACAAUGGGAGGAGAACAUAGAGCUUCGGAGAGAAGAAAUGCAGUCUGAUUUACAGAAUCUCCUCAACUCCCUCCAUGAAGAGGAAAGGAGACUGGAGAAAGCGAAAGAGCAGCUGCUGAGGAGAUGGCAGGAAGGUGAAGCCAGUCUGGUAGAGCAGAGCUUGGAACUUGAGAGCCUUAUGCUGAAAUUAGAGAGGAAAUGUCAAGAAUCAGCCCUGAAUUUGCGGCAGAGUGUGAAAGACACAUUGGAAAGGCAACCAGAUGUGAAGCUGAAAACACCAGAGGACCUCUCUCUGGACCCUCAAACCGUGUACAAUGGUUCUGAGCUUUACUUUUAUUUGAAGAAAGUGUUUAAGUUCUUCCGAGUGUGUCUGUCUGUCAUUUCUAUCACCGACUCCCUGACCACCCUGCGCGUUUCUCUCAACCCUGAGACGGCCUCAUCGUCUACUGCUGAGCUGGUCCGCGCCAAGCAGCGCCCGAACGUGGGGCCCGACCUUGCAUUUCAUUGAAUUUCCACCCAAAGAAGAGCAGAGCUAACCUUUUGUGUGGCUUUGAGUACAAUUCUUCCAGGGAGUUGACACAGAGCUAAACUAAAAUGUGGAGAAACUGCUGCUUUGUUGGUAGGGUUCCAGAGACCUCUGAAAAUGAUGAAAAAGCUUGCCUCCAUUGGCAGAACUGAAUAACCCGAUUCCCUGGACAAAAAGCUCUGUCAUAAAGCCUGAACUCUUUAGUCUUUUCACUGCCUUUAAUGAUGUACACUUCAAACAACCUGGACAGGACACCGCUAAGAUCCCAGUGCGUGCCUACGUUGGAUACCCCUUUGCUCUGCUUUUGGGUAAGGCCUCAGCUACACGCAUUCAAUCGCGUGGGACUUCUUACUCCAUUCAUUGUUCCGGUUGCAUUGUUACUAAUUGUAUUACCCCUUCUCUCGCUCGUUUGUACUCUGUUGUAACCUUACUCAAAAGACCCUACUAUGUUAUGUUACCUGUUGAUUUACAUGAUAUGCCUUGGUAUGAUAAUACUGCCAUGCAAGUUUUAGAUGAAGUACAUGCUCUUCUUCGUCCUAAACGUUUUAUUGCUACCCUUAUUCUAGCAUUGCUGCUCUGAUUUCCCUGGUUACUUCAUUGGCUGCUUCCUCCAUUGCUUUAAUUCAGGAAGCUAAGACGGCUUCUUUUGUAAAUGACCUUACCAAAAACGUGUCCAUGGCGCUUGCAACACAGAGGGACAUUGACUAUAAGUUAGAAAGAAAGUUAAAUGCUCUGAAAGAAAUUGUUAUUGCUAUUGGCAAUGAGGUUCAACUUCUUAAACAACAACUGUCUACUCAUUGCCAUGUUCAGUUUCGUUUCAUUUGUGUUACGUCUUUACAUUAUAACUCUUCCUUACAUUGGAAUCUCAAGAAAAAAUCACCUAUUGGGCAUCUGGCAUGACAAUGACCUUUCUCAUGACCUUUCGUCUCUCCAAGCUGAAAUUUCUACUGUCAGUAAGUCUCAUCUGGACACUUCAGUCUCUUCCUUUGCCCAUUCUCUGGCUUCUACCCUCCAAACUCUGACUCCUACUCAUUGGUAUCAUCUUGUCCUCUCUUUCAUUGCUCUUUCCCUACUUGUCCUUCUCCUUUGUCUUAUUAUUCCCCUCUGCGUUCGCUCCCUUCACAGGUCCAUCCAUAGUCUUCAACGAGAUAUGUACGCCUUCCAGCUCUGUUCUAAAAACAAAGGGGGACCUGCUGCACUCCCCCUGCAGUGACCUUUAGGGCUAAUGGCUUUCGCCACGGUCCCUAGGUCCGGCUGAGCAAGGAACCAGCGGGCAGGGAAGUACAGCAAAGUUCCCUGAAGACAUAGAUAAGACAGAUGCUUAUCAAAAGAUAAGGACCACCAGGAACCACUACAAGAAUGCUACUACAAAAAACCUUAUUUCGUCUUUCUAGAACUACAAAUUUUAUUCCCUUAUUGUCUUUCUAAACUUCCUUCUUUCUUCUAUAAAGGUCAUUGGUUGUUAAUUAAAAAAAUCAUAUGAAAUCCUUAACACAAGGCUGACUCAAAUGAAACAUUACUAAACCCUGUAAUAAUUAAAAUAUAGUUUAGGUGAAAAAGUAGUUAAUAAAACAAAAAAUGCAAUUACAUAGUUUAAAAACAAAACUAAUGGUCUAUCUACUUAGGAAUGAGGUUAGAUGUAAAUCACUGCCCUGUCAGUGAUAAGCUAAACCCAUGAGCAAGCUGAUUUCAUUGCUAUUCACUGUUCCUAUGCUUUUAGAAAACAUUUAUAUACUGGUCACAAACUCAAAGAGAAUUACACUCAGAUUUACACUCUCUCUUGAAGUGUGUCUGUCUGUCAUUUUGUUCGCCGACUCCCUGACCACCCUGCGCGUUUCUCUCAACCCUGAGACGGCCUCAUCGUCUACUGCUGUGCUGGUCCGCGGCAUAUGACCCUGGCUUUUUCCUGAUUGUUGAAGAGGAAAAAGAAGAUUGUUCAUCUUCUAGAACACUAUCAGCUCUAGAAGGCACCCCUUAGUGCUUGCAUGGCAAGGCCAUUAUGUCUUCAAAUAAGUUCAAGGAUAUGACUUGCACUUACUGGUUACUUACCAAAUACCUUCUCUGAUAUUCUUCGACCUUAUUUCCAGGUAAAUCGUUGUUCUUUAUUCCUCCCUACACCAUUGGAGUCUUGUUAGGAACAGUCUCUUUUGUUUAACCAUUAUAGAAAUAUAAUGUGAGUUCUAUUGGCAAAGCAAUGUGAUCUGUUUCCCUUGCUGCUCUUUCCCCUAACCUGGAUCGGUGCUGAGUUCUCAGUGGACACUCAAUGAUGUGCAAUAAAUGAGUAGAAACAGCCACUAUACAGACACCACAGAAGAUCAGCCUGACCUGCGGGGAAGUGAGAGCCCAGCAACGAUCAUGCAUCACCCUCUCCAUCGUGGGUUCAGAUCUCUGAUUUCCAAGGGUCCUGGUCUGACCAGCAGGGUGAC